UUUCAGUAGUACAGCUAACUCAAAGUUUUAUCUUAUGUACUGUUAUUUGAAAGAGAAAAUCUUUGUAUUAAUUUCGAAAGAUUUAUUGAUGACGAUAAUAAUUUAAUAUGUUAUUGUUAAUUAAAGGUAUAGUUUUAUAAUGUGCUGCUAAAGUAUUUGGAUACGGAACAUAUAUUGUAUAUGUUGUUUCUAUAAAAUAUACGAUUUCUUUUUCACUCAGUCAAUUAUUUAAGUUGGAUAUACGUACAUGUGAUCGGAUCAAUCAAUCAGAAUGGAGAAAAUGCAGAUAUUAUGUUACGAAAUAAUAGCACACGGUCCGCCAGGGCCAGGAUUGUACUGUAACGCAACCUGGGACGGGGCAAUGUGUUGGGACUACACGCCCGCCGGCUCCCCUGCCAUUAAGCCUUGUGCAGAGUACAUACCAAGCUUCAAACCAUCAGAAUUUGCGAUUAGGGAAUGUUUGCCAGAUGGUACAUGGAAACCAAACUUUGAAGAAACAAACAGUUCUACAGUUGGUUGGACCAAUUAUACAAGAUGCCUUAGCACAAACCACAAACCUCAGCUUCCAAUAGACAAACAUAAUCAUCUACCACGUAUACAACUGAUGUCAGAGAUAGGCUACGGAAUAUCAUUGGCAUCACUUAUCGUCGCUGUUACAAUUAUGAUAGCUUCAAAAAGGCUUCACUGCAAAAGUAACGUGCUUCAUAUUAACCUAUUUUGUGCAUUUAUUCUACGGGCUUCUGUUUCAUUUCUAAAAUCCCUUAUCUUUGUUGACGAUAUUGGCCUAGAAAAAGAUAUCAUUCGUAAUCCAGGAGGGACAGUGGUAUUUAAAAAUGACGGACUGCACUGGGAGUGUAAGUUGAUUGUUAGUAUAUUUAUGUACGCGGUUGCUACAAGUAUAAUGUGGAUCUUGAUGGAGGGACUAUAUCUACAUAUGCUUGUAUACAAAACACUAUUUACAGAGAGACAUGGUACACGCUUAUAUGUGUUAUUCGGUUGGUUUUCAUCGUUAACCUAUGUUAUACCUUGGAUUCUAGUGCGAAUGUUCAAAGAAAAUGAGUUAUGUUGGAAUCGACAGAAAGCGGACGGCUAUUUCUGGAUUAUUAAAGCCCCUAUGCAUCUUUCCAUUCUUGUCAAUUUUCUAUUUUUCAUCAAUAUUGUACGAGUGCUUUGUGUGAAGUCAAAGAUAAGCCGGCACGUAAGAAAUGAUACACAACAUUUGAGGAAGACUGCAAAGUUUGUUCUGGUGCUUAUACCACUGUUUGGGGUGGUAUAUAUUGCUUUUAAUGCUUAUCCUAUUGGAGCAUUCAAUAUGGAAGCUGAUUUCAUCUACCUUUAUUGUGAAAUGUUUUAUAAUUCAUUCCAAGGAUUUGUGUUAGCACUGCUGUUUUGCUUCCUUAACGAAGAGGUUCAAAAUGAAAUCAAAAAAUGGUGCUUUAAACGCAAAUUGAAUACGUUUAACACACGUUCCAUAUUACUUUCCUCUUGGCGUAAACCAUCUACACGACUGUCACGUGACAUGACACGUGAUACACAUAUUACAGAGGGCACACAUCAUAUAUACGGAAAAUGCACUGAUACUUGUAAAUUAAAUAAAAAAUGCUGUGAGCAUGCACAAUGCUUGCAUAAAGACCGUGCAACGGCAAAUGGAAGAACACUUGCAUUGCAGAGUGAAAACGUUAAUUCACUCAAGGAUGGUGAAGUUUAGAUAUUUUAUAUAAAUUGACACAAGAAGGGAAUGAUGAAUAUACUAUUUCAUGCAGUGUAUUGAUACUUUGGAAUAAAGGGAAAUCAAGCAUUAUUGUGUGUGAAUAAACAGAAGUUCUACCUGAAACUAAAGCGUUAAUCCGGGAACAUCUUAAUAUCUGAGAUAUACUCGAUAACACCAUCGUCUUACAUAUACAUUAAUGAUGUGUAAUUCUUAUAUAAUAUUCUUAUUAGUUCGCCCUUAAAGGAGUCGUUUACUUAGUACAUUGUCUUUGCAAUACUAUAAUAAUGAUGUUAGAAUAAAUAAAUGAAAAACUUUAUAUUAUAUGUGUACCUACAGUGGUCUUAGAUAAUAAUAACAGUAUAAUAUGAGUGGUUGUUUUUUAUGUUUCAUUGUUUCAUUUUACUAUGCCCUAUGUUGAUUAUACAAUUAACUCGUCAUUUUCUUAUAAUAUUGGUAAACAGAAAACUUAGAUUCCCUAUCAUUCAUUUUUAAAGGGUCAUUAAAUCUCAGAAAUAAA